AUGUACAAGACACUCCUUUCUACUUUCUUCUUCUCUGCGCUGGUCGCAGGCCAUGGACAUGUUACCAAUAUUGUGAUUAACGGUGUCUCAUUUGGAGGUUGGGAUAUCAACAGUUAUCCAUAUGAAGAUUCGCCGCCGACUGUUGUGGCAUGGGGGACCCCGAAUACCGGUAAUGGAUUCAUCUCGCCUGAUGAAUAUACCACCUCCGAUAUCAUCUGUCAUCAGAAUGCUACCAAUGCAAAGGGACAUGCAGUCGUUGCCGCUGGUGACAAGGUCUUCUUGCAAUGGACCGAUUGGCCCUCAAGUCACCACGGCCCAGUCAUCGACUAUCUCGCCAACUGCGGCUCGGCCGGUUGUGAAACUGUCGAAAAGACAUCCCUCGAGUUCUUCAAGAUCGAUGGCGUCGGACUGGUCGAUGACGCUACCGUUCCUGGAACCUGGGGUGACGACCAGCUUAUUGCUCAAGGAUCGGCGUGGAUGGUUGAGAUUCCUCCCACUAUCGCACCCGGAUACUAUGUGCUUCGACAUGAACUGAUUGCCCUCCAUAGCGCCGGUGAGCAGGGAGGCGCUCAGAACUAUCCUCAGUGUUUCAAUCUGCAGGUGACUGGAUCCGGAUCAGAUGACCCAGCCGGUGUUCUUGGUACGAAACUUUACAGCCCAACUGAUGCAGGCAUCUUGGUCAAUAUCUACACUUCUUUGUCAACAUACGUCGUCCCAGGUCCAACAUUGUACAGUGGUGCAGUCUCAAUCACUCAGGCAACAUCUGCAUCCACGGCUACCGGAACUCCAAUCACCGGAUCAGGUACCGCAGGCACCGCAGGCACCGCAACUUCGGCCCAGACGACCGCAGCUGCUAGCGUAUCCACAGCACCAUCGGCAACCACAGUAGCGCCCACUACCGUCGCUCUCACAUCAGCUUCAAGCACUGCUGUAGCGUCCACCACAGUUGCGCCCACAACGGUAGCACCGACGACAGUGGCACCGACGAAAGUGGCAACCACACUGUCAACAAUCACGCGUGCGAGCACCACCACCCCAGCUGCAGGCAGCGGCGCGACCCAGUCCGUGUAUGGUCAGUGCGGAGGAAGCAACUGGAGCGGGGCGACAGCCUGUAAUACUGAAGCCGCCUGCUCGUCCAUGAAUCCCUACUACUCGCAGUGUGUUCCUACAGCCGCUUGA